AUGGCGCCUUCACCAGAGGGUCUAAUCGCAGUACAAAAGCAAAUUUUCACAAAAAUUAGUAAUAAUGAAGUGUCCGAAUUGAAAACAUUGUUAGCCGUAAAUAAAAUCAAAAUGGAUUUCGUGGAUGAAAAUGGUAUGAGUCCACUUCAACAUGCUUGUUAUAAAGGAAACAAGGAAAUAGUGCAGAUGCUUCUAGAUCAGGGAGCAGAUGUAAAUGCUUGUCAACAUGAACAUGCAUAUACAGCUUUGCAUUUUGCAGCUCUCAGCGGAAAUGCUGAGCUUUGUCAUCUUUUAAUGUCUUAUGGAGCAAGAUUGACAGCAACAAACAGUGUAGGACGAACUCCAGCUCAGAUGGCAGCAUUUGUUGGAAAUCAUAAUUGUGUAGCAACUAUCAAUAAUUUUAUUCCAAAAGCUGACAUAGAUUAUUAUGUUAAACCACAAGGAUUACAAACUGAAUCAAUGCUUCCACCACAUCUAGCAGAUUCUUUUCACAAAUUUAUAAUGCAAAUCAAUGUUCAUCCUGUACGUGUAGCUAUGAAUUUACAAAGAUAUCCUGGUCUUUUAGAAAAUGCUGCAAAGAUACAAAAGGUCUUAGAAUCCAUGCAUCAUAAAGAAAUGACAAGAGGUGCAGAAACAAAUGAAGUAAUGGCAUUUAAAUAUCAUUACCUAAGUUGUGUUGUAGCUGAAGUGAUCAAGUUUCAAAAAAGACAAGAAGCACUGAAGGCAGAGAAAAUUGAUAAACCAAACGAAGAAGGAGAAGAGAAAAAGUCAGAUACUAUAGAAGGUCUGAUAAGAAAAUUUCUAAAAUGUAGUAAAAGUGAUGGCGUACCAGAGUACCAAGAAGCUUUUUUGAGGGAAAGUGUAAGAGAAUUUCCGUACAGAGAAAGUACGAUUUUUCGUCAAAUGGUAGCAACUCUUGCAGCUAGUGAUCCACCAUCUGCUGCAUCAGUAGUAUCAGCUGUAAUUGAUGGUCAAAGAGCCUUCUUAGAUAAUGCACAAGUUUGCAUUACUUGUGGAGAAGAUAAAGCUAACAAAAAGUGUAGCAAAUGUAAAGUGGUGCAAUAUUGUGACAGGGAAUGUCAAAGACUUCAUUGGUUUAUGCAUAAAAAAGCAUGUACCAGAUUAGGUCAAAACGUAACACCAAGUGCAAAGAUAAGCGAUGCAGAUGAGGAACAAAUAAGCACUGCUGUGAGCUCUAGGCUACAAAAUUUAAGUGUCAACUAAACACAAUAAAAAAUAAAAAUUUCAAUUCUAAACAAUUAACUUCAAUGUGCUGUACGUAUCUAUUUAAUUUUGUAUUACAUUAAUUCAGUUGAAAAACUGAAAAAAUAGUCCUAUUCAUACAUUUGACAAACAGUUCUGAUUUUUUACUUUUUAGAUUUACAGAACCUAAUGACCUUUUUAUGUAUCAUGAUACAUUUUUAUUUUUGCUUUGAGUAAUUCAUCAUGUAUUAUAAAUAAUGUCACAUGUAACUACUCGGUUAAAAU